AUGUACGAAGGUGGCCUCGAAUUGAUCAUAUGGGCCGAACAACACAGGAGCAAGGAAUCCGGCCAGUUCCACCCGGCUCCUCCUCUUCAGAAGACCGGCCUGGCCGCGAUGUUCGAGACCAAGCCGAAGCUUGGUCAUGCCUUCCAAGAGCUACUGAGCAGCGAUCCGAGCAACAUCAUCAUGUUCAGCUCGAACCAGCAGCUCGCUGAUGAUGAAAUCACUGUCGCACAGUGGCUGGCAAGCAUUUUUGUUCAUAAAGACUCCUACGAGCAGACCUACGAUCCGUUCACUGCUAUUGUGCCGAAACCCAUGCAGCAUGGAGGAGGCUUGCGGGCAUGCCUGCCCAAGAGCCUUGAAGCAAGCCUGUUUCCGAGGCUCUCGGGGCUUUCAAACUAUACACUCUUCCUUCCUGAAAGGAGCAAUCUCUUCUUCAGCGCCGCUGGCGCCCUCACUACGAUCCAUGUCGAUGUUGGCACCAUGGCUGGGGUUUCCACCCUGAUUGCUGGUGCCAAGCUCUUCGUCGUCUUCAAGGCCAGCGAGAAAAGUUUCGCGAUGAUGCAGCAGUACCAUCUCCUUCCGAUGACUUGGAGCGCCUGCCUCAAGCUCGUCAGACAGCUCGAGGAGCCCUCCUUCCACUAUCUGAGACCGGGCGAGUCUCUUUACAUCGGUACUGGCCAACCACACUUCUUUCCUUUGCCUUUGCCCUUCUUGCCAUAG